AAGGAAAGUAGAGGGGGGUGUAGGGGGCUGAACCAUGAACCUGCAGCGUGCGUGUGUAUGAGUGAAAGAGGCGGCGGGGCUCCGCCAGGAUGUGGUAGUGAAGGGGGAGGAAGCAUCACCGCACGCUGGCAGCACUCUGGCGUCGGCCGGCAGUGGAAGAGAGGAAGCGGGAGCUCGGCUGUACGCCGGAGCUGGGGGAUCGCGGAUGUUGCGGAUGGAAAGGGGCGAGUCGGACGCCAUCUGACAACGUGGAGAGCGAUCGAUGCGAGGUCUGAGCUGUUCGCGGAGAUUGGAUCUCUAAAAACCUGCGAAGUAAUCGCCCUUCGAUUGGCGGGGGCGAGGUUUCUGCAGGUCCGCUGUCUGGCUGGAUAUCCGUCCACGUAUCAAGGGCAGCCUGACGGAGGGUGUUUCAUUCAGUCGUAAGUUACGUUGAUGCGGCAUGCGGACUGAAUCGGGCGAGCAUGGGAACACCCCCCUCGACUGACUGCACGCCGCUCAUGUUACUUUAUUGCGAACUUUUCUUUUUUGGUUACUUUUUAUUGCCCGAAGGAGCGUUUUGAAACUUUUGGUUGGGAGAGAAAAGGCGUGGAAAUGAGCGCCGGGGCGAAAAGCGCGGCGCACCAAGUGGAUCCAGACGGGACGAGCUCCCGGGAUAAGAAACAGGAACGCGGACAGGACGGAGCGUACGGUCCGCCGGCGAGCGCCGCGGACUCGCCACGUCCCGCCGGUCCGGAGAGGGAACCGCGGUCCUCCGCCGCCGAUGUCACUCGCAUGUGGAUUCAGUUCGCCAAGACCUUCGCUGUCAUUUUCCCCAUUUACGUGCUGGGGUAUUUCGCCUUUAGCUUCAGCUGGGUUUUAAUAGGGCUGGCCCUUUUUUUCUGGUGGAGAAGGAAUAAAGGGAAUAAAAAUGGCAGGCUGAACAGAGCUUUGGCUUUCCUGGAGCAAGAGGAGCAAUCGGUCCGGCAGGGUCUCCCAGCAUCGGAGCUGCCACCAUGGGUUCACUUCCCAGAUGUAGAGAGAGUAGAGUGGUUAAACAAGACAGUCAAACAGAUGUGGCCGUACAUCUGCCAGUUUGUGGACAAGCUGUUUCGUGAGACCAUCGAGCCGGCGGUGAAGGGAGCCAACCCCCACCUCAACACAUUCUGCUUCACCAAGAUCGACAUGGGGGACAAGCCCCUCCGAAUCAACGGCGUGAAGGUUUACAGCGAGAACGUGGACCAGAGGCAGAUCAUCAUGGACUUGCAGAUAAGCUUCGUGGGGAACACGGAAAUCGAUGUCGACAUCAAGCGCUACUAUUGCAGGGCCGGCAUUAAGAGCGUACAGCUGCAUGGUGUGUUGAGGGUCGUCAUGGAGCCUCUGCUGGGAGACAUGCCCUUGGUUGGAGCCUUGGCCAUCUUCUUCUUGAAGAAACCGCUUCUGGACAUCAACUGGACCGGCCUGACGAACAUGCUGGAUAUUCCUGGGCUUAAUGGUCUGUGCGACAACCUGAUCCAGGACAUCAUCUGCAACAACCUGGUCAUGCCCAACCGCAUCACCAUACCUCUGGUGGGUCAGGUGCAGCUGUCGCAGCUGCGCUUCCCCAUGCCCAAGGGGAUCCUGAGGAUCCACUUCCUGGAGGCGCAGGACCUGCUGGGCAAAGACAAGUUCUUGAGGGGGCUGAUCAAAGGGAAGUCGGACCCCUACGGUGUGGUCCAGAUUGGAAACCAGCUCUUCCAGAGCAAGACCAUCAAAGAGACCGUCAACCCCAAGUGGAACGAGGUCUACGAGGCCCUCGUGUACGAGCACUCAGGACAGCACGUGGAAAUCGAGGUUUUUGAUGAGGACCCAGACAAAGACGACUUCCUGGGCAGUUUAAUGAUUGACAUGACGGAACUACACAAGGAGCAGAGGGUGGAUGAGUGGUUCGAGCUAGAUGAAGUCUCCACUGGGAAGCUUCACCUGAAGCUCGAGUGGCUCUCCCUCCUCCCCACGCCGGAGAAGCUAGACCAGGUGAGGUUCCCACUGGCUGAGACGCGCUGCCAAGCCACUGAAGGCAUACAGACUGAGCUGAGCACUGUCAUUCUGGGAAGAGCUAGGAGUCUUCCACGCAAUCCGUUAGAGUUCAACCAUGACGGGUUGAAGAGAAGCUCAGUCAAUAAGGCCCUCAAGUCCGGCAAGAAGGUGAGCAGUGAUCCCAACCCAUUCAUCCAGUUUACUGUUGGACACAAAACCUUCGAGAGCAAGACCCGACACAAGACCAAUGAGCCGGUGUGGGAGGAGGCCUUCACCUUCCUUAUACACAAUCCCAGAAGUCAGGAGCUGGAGGUGGAGGUGAAGGACGACAAGCACUCCUGCUCCCUGGGCACCUUGUCCCUCCCCCUGCGCCGCCUGCUGGACACUGAAGACAUGACACUCGACCAGCGGUUCCCCCUCUGUAACUCGGGGCCUGAGUGCACGCUGAAGAUGAAAGUGGUGCUGAGGGUUCUCUGCUUGGAGAAACUUCACCCAUCGCACCAGCCGUCCUCGGUCCAGGUGAGGAAGGCCAGCGUCAGUGUCAACGGCGGUGACAAGACAGGGGGGAUUAGUGGCAGAAAGGAGCAGCCCCCCACCCCUGUGGCCAAGUCGACCGCGAGCAAGACGCCGGACUCCGUGGCGGCCCCCCCGACCCCCACGACGGCGCCUCCCACCUGCGACCACGAGCGGCAGGUGCCGGAGUGCCCGAGUAGCCCCGCCCACCUGGCCAGGGCGGGCUUAAGCUCCUCCAGUCUGGCCGUCUCCGGCUCCCAGACCCAGCUGGCCGCCAAGGAACCCACUCCCAGCAUCGCCUCCGACAUCUCCAACCCCUUCGCCACCCAGGAGCUGCAGCAGAGGCUGCGGCAGCUGCAGAAUGGUUCAGCCCCCAACCACGUCCCCCUGGGCGAGGUGCAGCUGACAGUGAGACACAGCUCCCAGAGAAACAAGCUGAUGGUGGUGGUUCAUGCUUGUAGGAACCUCAUCGCCUUCACGGAGAGCGGCUCGGACCCCUACGUGCGUUUGUACCUGCUUCCCGACAAGCGGCGUUCCGGCAGGAGAAAAACCCACACCAUAAAAAAGACGCUGAACCCCGUGUACGACCACACGUUUGAGUUUAGCGUCUCUCUGGCGGAGCUCCACAGGAGGCCCCUGGACGUGGCUGUCAAAAAUGGGGGCGGGCUGCUGUCCAAACACAAGGGGCUUCUGGGAAAGGUGAUGGUCGAUCUGAUGUGUGACGACAUCUCCAAAGGCUGGACUCAGUGGUUUGAGCUGACGGAGGAUGGCUCGAGAAGAACUCUUGAUACUUAAAGGAGUGAUACGGGGAUGGGAGAGGCACUCGUCAUAUAACUUUGUUCCGUUUUUAAAAGCAUCACUGAUGUAACAACCUAUUCUAAAGUGUUACAUUUUAGCCAUCACGAUCGUUGUUAUUUAAAACACACGAAACCUAAUUUUCCUUUUAUAUCAUUAUACCUUUAUAAAUGUCCCUGUUUCCCCCCGUUUUUUGCUAAUGCUUUGUGUGCAAUAGGUAAAAAAGGAAGUACGUGGUACCCAAGAACGGGUCAGCGUUUCAAAGCAAUGAUGUUCGGGAUGGAUGGAGAGUGUCGCGCUACCUGUGGUCCGCGUACGGCGUGUAAUUAGCAUCGUCCAGAUGGGCCAGCGAUGGGGGUGUUCAGUGUUACCUGAUGAGCUGUAUCAAGUAUUUUUUAAGAAGGAAAAUGUACAUUGUGCUUUUGAAUGAACUAAAUGAAACGUAAAAGCUUUGGACCCAGUCCAGUCAGCUGGCGCCGGCCGGUUUUACGAUCUGUCAAAGACAACCAAAGAGGCAAGUUUUUCAUCGUGUUUCCGGUGCGGUUCGAAGCCAAAUGCAUCUGUACGUCGUGCUUUAUAUUCCUCUCGUGUAUUAAAAUUUCAUUCUCGUAAUGGUAUGUUUUUAUCUUAAUUUUUUUGUUUGUAUUAUACGCAUAACAGUCCUUGCGCAAUUCUGCGAUUGGACAUCAGAUUAUUCUGCUUCCAUUUCUUCACAUUGCCGCCCAACUCAGAAAUCAGCCAGGAACUUUUUAUUCCAAUAUGGAUGUUCUUUUGUAGUCUCACUGCAGAUUUAGUUAAGCGCACGUAUUUUACGCACACUUCAUAUUUAAUACGACCUCGCCGCACUGCACGUGACAUGCCUUCUGAGUGAGGUAUUACGUUGAUCUGCGUGUAUCGACGGGGUUCACUGCUGUAAUUGUCACAGAACACAUUAAUUACGUGAAUGUUUUUGAAUGCAUAUUGGGUAUCGAUGUUCUGUAUCUCUGUAAUGUAUAAUCAGAAUGACAGUCGGGACUACAGAGAAGGUUUCGGACAGUUUCAUGUUUUAAAUGGACCACGUCAUUUUAUGAUGUCGUUACCAGAUCUUUAAAUAUUCUAUCACCUUUUUCCUUUCUCUAAAAGGGAACUCAUGAGAAUGAAAGUUGUCUGUUUGGUAUUUUCCUACUUCCACUGCAAGCUGAUAUGCCUCUGUAACUUAUUUAUCUGGUGCCUUAAAAAAGACUAUUCAGAUAUGUAAAGACGCUUUUAAGGUUUCUGUACUUGAGAUUGUCUCCUCAAAAGCUUUUAAAUAAAUAAAUGAGCUAUUACUGUACUUAA